UGUAUAUAUAUAUAUAUAUAUAUAAAAGUAAAUACCAGGUCAGGUUAGAUCGAUGUGUCAGAAUAUAGAGCGCGAAACCGCAAAUUUUUGCGCUAGAUCGUUCGAAUGAUGCUUCUUCGUAAAUAGUGAUCGCAGUUGUGUGCCUACGAAUACAUUUUUAUUUAUUAUACUACUUCUGAGUGAAUAAAAUACCAGCGACAAGUGAUAAGUUAGACAAAGUAAAAACUGUUUACGUAUGACUGUAAGAGGUUAGCUGUGUGUUAUACAUUGCUAUAUAUUAUUGCGCGAUAAAAUUGCAUAUUAGUGAUAUGUAUGGUAAAAUUUCGUGUUAUUUAUUUAUAAUUAUUUCGCAUCGAAAGUUGUAGUUUCAACACACGUGAUGAGUUAUGCAUUGAAAUUUAACGAAAAGUCAUAGGAAAAUUAGCAAAAUGAUAAUCAAAGUUUCAAAAAUAAUAAGUUGUUCUUCGGAACAUCCUUCAUACCCAUCUUCUAACUUGUUAGAGCAUCCUCCCAAAUCUUCAUGGCGAUGCGCUAAACCUAAUGAACUUAUAGCCACAGUUAUUUUCCAACUAUUGGAGUCCUCAUGUAUAACUGGUCUUGAAAUUGGAAAUUAUCGUUCCUGUAUUGUAGUUGUUGAAGCAUCCACUUCUGAAGAACCCGACAACUGGAUACCAGUAGUAAAUCAUCAAUUUUUGACGCACGAUGAAGCAGCAAACAGCAAAUUUAAAGAUCAAGUACAGAUAUUUACAAAGCGAGAACUUAAUCCAGAAACUAUUAAAAUGAAAUUUGAUCGAGUUAAAGUUACAUGCAUGCAAUCGGCCAAUCCUAGGGAACUAUUUGGUUUGGAAUUUAUUGUGUUAAAGACUGAAGUAACUGUAGAUUUAGGCCUAGAUGUAUUUGGUCGUUUCAAAUUGAAAGAAAAAAAUGACGAUGAAGUGGAUGAGUUUAAGGAACAAUAUCUUAAACUUUUUGGAAAAAAGAAGACCUACAAAGAUGAAUUGAAAGAAAAGAUUACUGAAACUGGUUUAAGUAAUUUUGCAAAAAAACAAGAACAAGACCGUGAACAUAAGAAAAAACCACUUUUAGAAAAAUUGGAAAGCAAGGCAAAAUUGAAUGCAACAGGGUCUGGUAUUCCAAGUUCUAGUACUGACACUUCUGGAAUCACCAACAACUUACCAGAUAUGAAAAGGAAUAAAAAUGAACCACCUGUGGCACGAACUCUUUUCGGAGAUGUUAUACCCAGUCCAAAACCUAAAAAGAAGCCUACAGAUACAUCUAAAACCGACAAAGAUGAAAGCAUGAAUCUAAAAAAACGUGUACUUAGCCCACAGCCAUCCUCAUCAGAUGAUUCGGGUCCUACAAAAAAAGCUAGAUGCUCGUUAUGUAAUUUUAAUGAUGAUGAAUUGUGUAAGAACUGCAAUUUACCCAAAGUCAAACCACUAGUUGAAAAUAUCAAAACGAAGCCUAGGAAAAAGACAAAGCCUAAAAAGGAAUUUAAUAAACUUUUUGAAGACAUUUCAUUCUCUCUUAGUGGAUACGUCAAUCCUCAGAGAGAUGAAAUCAGACGAAAAGCUCUUAAAAUGGGAGCAAAGUAUAUUGCAGAUCCAAAUAUUACAAGCAACAAGUGUACCCAUUUAAUUUGUGCUUUCAAGAACACUCCCAAAUCUCAACAACUGAAAGGUCAUUGCAAGAUUGUAGGCCAUAAAUUUAUUGAAAAUUGCUUUGAUAAGAAAAAAAGACUCCCAUGGAGAAGGUACGCGCUUGACAGCAGAGAGCAGAGUCAGCCUGAAAGUGAAGAAGAAAUUGAAGGAAGCACGUCACCGAUUCGUAUACCAAGUAUUUAUGAUCAAGAAACUGAUGACUCAGACUAGUAAAAAAUUUCGAUAAAAUUUCGAUUUUUGGGCAAAAUGAAUAUUGUACAUAAAUUAAUUAACGUUUAUAAUUUAUAGCGAUUUUUGUUUACUAUUUAAAAGACAAUUUUUUGUUACGAAUUUUUGUAAUAAAUCGUUAUACACAUAACAA